AUUUCAUAUAAAUUGAAACAUGUAACGGGAAAGAAAACGCAACUCAAACUCCCUCUGCAUCAAGAAAAAGAAAAAAAAAAAAACAGAGCGUCUCUGUUUUUGCUGUAAUUCACAAGAUCCUCAGACUUCUGAAAACUCGCUCUCUUUACUCGUGAAAAAGAUAAGUUCUGUUUAGAAAGAGCAGGAGGGAAAGAUGAAGAACUCGGUUUCAGAUCAGAGUUUCUACAUUGAAAGUGAAGAAGAAGAACACGAUGAGGAGAAGGAGUUCAAAGGUGAAGAAUAUGAUGGAAAUGAUUCUGAUUCUUCUGGUGAAAUCCAUCAACACAACAACCCUGGUUCCCACAACACCACUUCUUGGCCUCAAAGUUACAGGCAAUCCAUGGAUCUGUAUAGUAGUGUACCGUCUCCAAAUCUCAAUUUUUUGGGCACUCCUACACUGCCAAGAUUCAGCAGCUCAUUUCUUUCAUCUUCUCUAUCGAGAAGACAUACUCCUGAAUCUUUAUCUGCUGCAACACAACCUCUUCUACCAACAGUAGGAGGCGAGAAAUUGCCGCCACAAAGGCGUAGUUCGCAUACUCUGCUUCCUCCUAUUCCGUCAAGGAGGAGUUCUGUGAUCAAGGAUUCGAAACCAUCCCAUGUCUCUCAUGAACUUCCAAUUGGUCGGCAGAGCUCAUACGCUCAAGCUGUGUUAAAUGGCAUUAAUGUUCUGUGUGGAGUUGGAAUUCUUUCCACUGCAUAUGCGGCAAAGGAAGGAGGAUGGAUUGGACUAUCCAUUUUGAUAAUAUUUGCAGUUGUUUCUUUCUACACUGGAAUGCUCUUGCGUUACUGCCUUGAUAGUGAACCCGGCCUUGAAACAUACCCAGACAUUGGCCAAGCUGCAUUCGGUACUGCAGGCCGAAUUGUCAUAUCAAUAGUACUUUACGCGGAAUUAUAUGCUUGCUGUGUUGAAUACAUAAUUUUGGAGAGUGACAACUUAUCUUCGUUAUUUCCCAAUGCACAUUUAACUGUGGGUGGAUUUUAUCUUAAUUCACAUCAUUUGUUCGCAUUGAUGACUACCGUUGCCGUUCUUCCAACAGUUUGGCUCAGAGACAUGAGAGUUCUUAGUUAUAUAUCUGCUGGCGGUGUUCUUGCAUCAAUAUUGGUGGUCUUCUGCUUGUUUUGGGUUGGCAUAGUAGAUGAAGUUGGCUUUCACCACAAAGGAACAACUCUAAACCUCGCAACUUUUCCGGUUGCUAUUGGUCUCUAUGGUUACUGCUACUCGGGUCACGCUGUGUUCCCAAACAUCUACACUUCAAUGACCAAACCAAACCAAUUUCCAGCAGUCCUCCUAACAUGUUUUGUUCUCUGUACCUUGAUGUAUGCCGGUGUCGCUGUUAUGGGGUACACAAUGUUUGGAGAAUUAACAAUGUCACAGUUCACUCUCAACAUGCCUAAAGACUUGGUUGCCUCAAAAAUUGCUGUUUGGACGACGGUGGUUAAUCCAUUUACCAAAUAUGCUUUAACCAUGUCUCCAGUGGCAUUGAGUCUGGAGGAGUUUAUACCAUCAAGUCGACUCAAGUCUCACAUCUACGCCAUCUGCAUUAGAACAGCAUUGACGAUCUCUACCUUGCUUGUUGGCCUCAGCAUCCCCUUCUUUGGCCUGGUGAUGUCCCUCAUCGGAUCUUCACUCACAAUGCUUGUGACCUUGAUACUUCCUUGCCUAUGUUUUCUGAGCAUCUUGAGGGGCAAAAUUACUGUGUUUCAGGGUACAGCUUGUAUUAUAAUUAUUGUGGUAGGGGUUGUAUCGUCAAUGAUCGGAACAUAUUCGGCUCUUACGAAGAUUAUCGAAAACUUGAGCAGCUGAAGACAAUUUUCCAACAAUGAGAAUCUAUUUCACUGUAGAAUUAGACUGUGCUGGGCUGAGUGUAUCAUUUCCAUUGUUCUUAAUUUUGGACUCUGACGGUGUUUUCAUGUGUUGUAAACUUGUUUUGGGCUGAAAAAAAGCCCAUAAGUCUGAUACA